AUGACUCCUAAGAUGUUGUACAUCAUCGCCAUCAGUUCGUCCAAGAUGAAGACGUCCCAGUCGAAUAGCAGCGAUGAUGUCAAGACCGAACGCGAAAGAACAUCGCCAUCUUCGGACCAUAAAGCUUCCAUCUCAAGUAAUCACGAAGACUCACCGACGAACGAGACUCUCGCCUCCACCGCCGAGAAACAGCCCGCACCCUCAUCCACCCCAGCGCCACCACCCAAUGGCGGCUACGGCUGGGUCUGCACAAUCUGCUGCGCCCUGAUCAACGCCCACACCUGGGGCCUGAACAGCAGCUACGGAGUCUUCCUCGCCCACUACCUGGCCAACAACACCUUCCCGUCCGCCACACCCUUGGACUACGCCUUCGUAGGCUCCCUCAGCAUCUCCUGCGCCAUGCUCGUCUCCCCCCUCGCAACCUACGGCGUCCGUAUCCUCGGCACGAAACCAACCUUGUUCAUCGGGAUCGUGUUCGAAACCCUCAGUCUAAUAGGCGCCUCCUUCGCCACCAAGAUCUGGCACCUCUUCCUCAGCCAAGGGAUCUGUUUCGGGAUCGGCAUGGGAUUCCUCUUCAUCCCCUCCGUCGGUAUAGUCCCGCAAUGGUUCACGACCAAGCGCUCGCUAGCAAACGGCUUCGCAACCUGCGGAUCCGGCCUAGGCGGCCUAACCUACUCCCUCGCCACGGGCGCCAUGAUCAAAACCAUCGGUCUCCCCUGGGCCUUCCGCGUCCUCGGAAUCGUCGCCUUCGCCGUAAACACCAUCUGCACGAUCCUGCUCAGAGACCGCAACAAAAUCAUCGGCGCCUCGCAACUCGCCUUCGACACCAAAUUGUUCAAACGACCCGAAUACCUCCUCGUCAACUUCUGGGGCUUCUUCAGCCUGCUGGCCUACGUCGUCCUCAUCUUCAGCUUAGCAAACUACGCCAACGCGAUCGGCCUCAGCGCCUCCCAAGCCUCCCUCAUCUCCGCCCUCUUCAACUUAGGUCAAGCGCUCGGUCGACCGCCCAUCGGAUACUUCUCCGACUCUAUAGGGCGGCUGAACAUGGCAGGCCUGAUGACCUUCCUCGCCGGCCUCUUCGCCCUCAUCAUCUGGAUUUUCUCCCACAGCUACGGCGUUCUGAUCUUCUACUCCCUGAUCGGCGGCACCGUGGCCGGAACCUUCUGGUGUACCGUAGCGCCCGUCACAGCCGAAGUGGUAGGGUUGCGAGAUGUCCCCGCCGCAUUAAAUCUCAUCUGGCUGUUCAUCGUCUUACCCAGCACCUUCAGCGAACCCAUAGCCCUGGAGAUCGUGGCCGGGACGGGCAGUUAUUUGGGAACGCAGCUCUUCACAGGCUUCAUGUACAUCGCUGCGGCAAGCUGUAUCCUGUUCCUUCGCGGCUGGAAAAUCGGCGAAAUGAAUGAAUUAGCUCGACUCAAAGGGCAAGAUGCAGAGCAGAUCGAUGCCGUAGCCGCGGAGGAUGAGAAGGAUCAUGUGGAUCUGGCGAGGGCGAAGGGUAGAACAGGCAUACUCGCGAACUGUAUGGUCUGGCGGAAAGUGUAA